GAACUUCAGUAGCACUGAAGUUGAUUAGGGUUUAGUGUAUAUACACCAAAUAAUUGCCUCACUUUCUACUUUCUCGUUCGUCUUCCUUCCUCAGAUCCUGACGGCAACCCUACGCAGCUAUGGUUCACGUCAAUUUCUAUCGCAACUAUGGGAAGACUUUUAAGAAGCCUCGUCGUCCCUAUGAGAAGGAGCGUUUGGAUGCUGAGCUGAAGCUUGUAGGAGAGUAUGGGCUCCGAUGUAAGAGGGAGCUGUGGAGGGUUCAGUAUGCUCUGAGCCGCAUCCGUAAUAAUGCAAGGAUGCUUCUCACGCUUGAUGAGAAAAAUCCCCGCCGGAUCUUUGAAGGUGAUGCCCUUCUCCGCAGGAUGAAUCGCUACGGACUUUUGGAUGAGAGCCAGAAUAAGCUCGAUUAUGUCUUGGCUCUGACAGUAGAAAAUUUCCUUGAACGCCGACUUCAAACACUUGUGUUCAAGACGGGUAUGGCAAAGUCCAUCCACCACGCUCGUGUGCUCAUUAGACAGAGGCAUAUCAGGGUUGGUAGGCAAGUGGUUAACGUGGCAUCUUUCAUGGUGAGGGUGGACUCACAGAAACACAUAGAUUUCUCACUUACAAGUCCGCUUGGAGGCGGACGCCCCGGAAGAGUGAAGCGAAGGAACCAAAAGGCGGCUGCCAAGAAGGCUUCUGGUGGAGGAGAUGGAGAUGAAGAGGAUGAGGAUUGAAUACCAUCAGCACUGGAAUUUCUUAUUUUGUGUUUGCAUUCUCUCUUUCAGCCACUAGUUUUCUUAUUUGACUGGCAUUUUAAAAUUUUCUCAGACAGAUGUUAGUAAUGGUAUUCGGAGUUCAGUUCGCAUGGAUUUAGAAUAUGAUUGUUAUUUAAGAUCAAUUUGUCUUUCUACUUUUUGGUAAUGAAUUGAGUGGCAGCAAAUAAACGGAUUUUCUUAUUUA